CCGCUUCCGACUUGAAAUAGGACAGGUGAACGCCAAGUCAGCGCCUACUUGACUGACAACAGGGGCCCCAUUUCAGUGGGAUUUGCCUGCGGGUCUGGUGGAGCCAUUGGAAACUGCGAUGGCUUCCCAUGAUGCAGGUGAGAGCUGAGCAAGCUGAGCGCCAAAGGCUGAAGGACCCGGUGGAAUGGGGCCGGAGGCGGCAGCAAAGCAUCAAAGAAGCAGAGGUGCUUCGUGCCGAAGGGCGUUUCGGUCACCUCACCACAGAGCACACGUUUCGUCCCGCAGUGCCACGCGGCAAUCGCGGCAACCGCGGCAACCGAUGCGACCGGUCGCCAGGUGGCCUUUCUCCCCGGCCAAACGUGAGCUGCUCCAUUGUUCGUGGUUUGCCGGUGUCGGAGCCACUGGUCUGGCGGCAGUUGCCCUCAGCGAGCCUUGCUGCAAAGGCCAUGUCUCUCCUUGAGGUGCCUCCCCAGCCCGACCAGCCGUCUCUCGAGGUUGGCCCGAUGCAAUGGCAUCCAGAACAUGUGCCAGAACUCGAGCCCAUGGAGGUGGCUGUGGCCCAGGAUCACCCGAGGAAGCACAUAGAGGAGCAGGAAGAUCAAGAGAUGACAAGCGGCGCAGAUGCUCCGUCGCCAAGGCUCCCAGCGCGCUUCUCCUGGAAUGAGUGGGCUCCUGAAGCGGAGGAUCUCUUCUCUCCAGUUGAGUCGUGCAGUGAUGAGUCAGAUGCAGGCCAGAUGUGAUGCUUGAGAUUUGUGAUGGAAUCCAUCAACAGGGUUGCUCCAACCUACAGGUUGACACCGUUGACACCUGAGAGCGUUGAGGCUUGAGCCUCCUGGAUUCAUGUUCGCCACUAAUCGCGACCAAAAGAAACCUUUUGAUUGAUCUCGUCUUCUGGG